UGCUCACUACGUAACAUGCGGCACAUCGUUACAGGCAAAUGGAGCGCAGCCAGUAUCUUCACUGACCUGGAUUGAGGAGGUUCUGGAUUGUAGUCAUCUGAGAGGAGGUGAAGAUAAAACCACAGAUGGAGUCGGGACCGGGAGGCCGUGGCUGCCCGUCAGCGCUACUCCUGGAGCUGCCAAGUUGGAUGAAGAGCACCACCCUGCUGGGCAAAGUCCUGUGAUCCCAUCAUCUUCUGCUGCACCUGGAGUGUUGGAGGAGGAACAGCUUGGUUAAACAUCCUCUACAUGGAGCCUGAGGGCGCAGGCUAGGGGGCAGCAGGGGCCUCCAGGAGAGACCAGAGCUUCACACCUGAAGUGUAACUGCACCAAGGCUAAUGGAUUUAAAGAGAGUGCUGUCCUUCCCACCAUACCCCGGGGAUUACUUGCAUCCAGUGGUGUAUGCCUGCACAGCAGUCAUGCUGCUCUGUUUGCUCGUCUCUAUCAUGACAUAUAUUGUGCACCACAGCGUGAUCCGUAUCAGCAGGAAUGGUUGGCACACACUCCUCAACUUCCUCUUUCACACGGGGCUGACAUUUGGAGUCUUUGCCGGGGGCAUCAAUCAGAUCAACUUACCUUUUGUGUGUCGAAUUGUUGGCAUCGUGCUCCACUAUGCUUCUUUGUCUACAAUGCUGUGGCUGACAUUUACUGCCAGAAACAUCUGUAAAGAUGUAGCCAAAGACCCACUUCGGACCCAGGAGAGGAAUGGGCCAUCGCAAACUCGCACCAAACCAACCAUCCUUAGAUUUUAUCUUGUAAGUGAUGGAAUCCCUCUCAUAAUUGUUGGAGUUACGGCAGCAUUUGGUAUGGAUAACUAUGGCAGCAGGGAUGAUGCUUUGUAUUGCUGGAUGGCCUGGGAACCAAGCCUGGGAGGUUUCUUUGCUCCCAUGAGUCUUCUAGUCUUAGUCAUGUCUGUGUACUUCUUGUGCACCUAUAUUCAGCUUAAACGUCACCCAGAAAGGAAGUACGAACUGCGAGUUCUGAGUGAGGAGCAGCAGCAGUUAUCAUCCAGUGAGUCAAACCAUCAGUGCCACACGGACACUGGGGGAGCAUCUGGGCCUACUGUGGACUGUCCGCCAUUUGCAACUGGUGUGUCAGUUCUGGCCAAUGAGCACUCAUUUAAAUCUCAGCUCCGGGCCACAGCCUUCACUCUCUUUCUCUUCCUGGCUACCUGGGCUUUAGGAGCAUUGGCAGUGUCAUUGGGACAUUUCCUGGAUAUGAUAUUCAGCUGCCUGUAUGGGGCUUUUUGUGUCACUCUAGGACUCUUCCUUCUCAUCCAGCACUGUGCCAAACGUGAUGACGUAUGGCACCGCUGGUGGGCUUGCUGCCCAUCCAAGUCCAAGACUAAGAAAGAUGAGGGGAAUGGUGACGGACAGAACCAGAGUCGGGAGCUUCAUCAGCCACACUGCCACUUGAACUCCCCAUGCUCAGGCAAGCAGCCGCUACUUUCCCCUCACCUUGUGCAGGGUCCUUACCACAAAAUGACACCACCUCCCCAGAGCCCUACAUCCAAUCACACGGGUCCAUGCUGCGUGGCCAUGAUGGGUCCUGUUACUCCAACCCCCAUCUCCCCUCUUGCUGAGCCGGUGUCGUUGCCACGUCCGCAGUCGCUUUCUGAUGAGCUCCCUCGUCCCCCUCUGCCUCUACAGAGCUGCCUUAAUAACAGAACAAAGUCACGUUCCUUCAACCGCCCACGCCCAUGCCUUCAGGACUACCGUUCUCACAUGACUUCCACUAGUAUGGAUGGGAGUGUGCAUAGCUCCCAUCUGGACAGCCCUCACGCUGCACACCACCUUGAAGGUUCACCUCUGGUUUCCAACAGCCCACACCCAGACAUCCCGCUUCCCUGCCCCAGCCCUCACUUGGAUAAGCAGCUGGCUUCGUGCCACAGUUUGCAACGGCAGACCUCCUGUCACAGUGUACAAGACUCAAUGACUUCCUGCCACAGCCGUGCACACAACAUGCAUGACAGCAUUACUUCCUGUCACAGCCUCCUCCUACCUUCUCACGGAGUCCACACCUGCCAGUGGCACAUGUACAGCUCAGCAGACCACUCUUCCACUACAAGCUGCUGUGAGAAGCCCGACCCUUUCACUUUGCAAUAUCAGCAAGACCCUGACACAUACAGCUGCAUGUCAAAGACAACAGAGAAAGAAAAAGAUAAUCUCUGUGUGGAGCAGCACGGUUUCCCAAGGAAUACUCUGCCUCGGCAGCAUGCCAACGUCAGCCGGCGAGGCACCAUUGGCCGAAACAGGAGCCUGCAGGAAGAGGGCCUGUUUGGUUCAGACGCCACAGGAAACAUACGAACUGGCCCUUGGAAGAAUGAAACCACUGUGUAGUUUUAUUAUGCUUAUACUUGCCAGACCUUCAGGCAGCCCUGUAAUUGAAUUGCUCCCUAAGUGUUUGGGUCUGAAUGCCUUCAGCUUUGUCCUUAAACCAUAGGUUGAGUUUUCAGUCCGGCCUUGUAUCCCAAUGACACUUCAUAACCCUUUAUAACAAAGUUAUCUUAAGUGUGUUACUAAUCAGUUUUUGUAAGGAAUACACAAAAAGGGUUAAAUUAAUGUUGAAUUAAUAUUUUGUUCCAUGCAUUUUAAAGGUGCAAUCAGUAGUGUAUGGCUCUUUCGGGACACAGAAGUUAGCACGGUCACAAAAAGAGGGUCUUGAAUUCGAGUGAAGUUUAGGACUUUUUUGUGUAGAGUUUGAAUGUUCUCCCCGUUUGUGUCAGUUGUUCCACUCUCCAUUUCAAAGACUUCAAGAUCAGGUACAAGUAAACUCCGACCUAGAAAGCAGGGGACCUGAUCCUAAACAGACCAGCGGGAAAACAUACCCAAACUCAAUGUGCAUAACUAAAUUUUCUAAAAACAAGACAUGACCCCAAUGGAACUUGAUGACGGCCAGUCCUGAUCUGGAUAGACCCAAAAACUGUGACAACACAGUGGUCGAUGAGGCAGCAACUAAAGGGAAAUUGUCUUACUUAUCAGAAAGAAUUGGCACAGUAGAUCACCUCAGCUUGCAGCUGCAACGUAAUCAGAGUUAAGUUCACUAAAUGUACUUCAGAGGCUGAGAUUCUUGCUCUGAGAAGAACUGGCAGUGAGAAUUUACGGCUGAAUAUUUAGCUGAUUUCAUCAAUCUAGAUGAGACAACAAAUGCAACAACUUGCAGAAAUUUGAUUAGUGUAGAGAUUCGAUUGUGGUCCAUAAGUACUUUGUUGACAGUAGUCAGAUGAAAUCAUUAUUUUGACAGUCAUGACAUCAACAGACAAAAUGAAUCAGUUGUGAGAUCAGCUAUAUUGACAUGUCAUAUGAGUCUGGAUCAACAGAAGGUUGUCAGAUUCAUGUCCUGCCUCAAAUAUCCAUUUACAUUAGCUGCAAAUGUUCAUUUACGCUUGAAAAACGUGCAAAAUGUUGACAAAGCAUGUGUAAACUGUAUUAUUAACGUGGGUGCUGAGAGCAGACACUCUGCUUCUGAAACAUUUACCAAGCAUUUUAAAAUGGCGAUGGAGCCAUUUGUGUAAAUUUGCUUAAAAUAUUAUUUUUAUGCUUUUUUUUUUGCAUUUUAUUUAUAAUCCAUUUAGCAUUCAAAAAUCAAAACAAAAAUAAAUGAAUACACUUUAGAGAUCUCAAACACCCAUAAGCUUAUUAACAAGUGGAAGAAUCUGAGACUGUUUCCCCGUGGGGUUUUUGGAAUCAUGAGUAGACCACGUGGUCUGUUUAGAGAAAACUUGAAAUCACAGCAGCCCUCAGGGAGGAAUGAUUAGAAUUGGCUAUCAACAUUAGCAAACCAUUUUUGGUGUACAAGGUUGUCAAAAGACUGAAAGAGUAAAAUAUCACUGAUUGCAGCUUUAAAUACUUGGAUUAAAACAGAAAUUUUAACAUAUUUGUUAAUGUUAUUACAUUUCUAAUGGCAUUGCUAGACACAAUAUAACUUUAAAUAUGAGUGGUUACAUGUGAAAACACCUUUGAAUCAGUGUGAGCAUGAGUGUGUUUUUAUAUGUGCGCAACUGUGCAUGAGUAGUUUCAUACAAAUGUGUGUUUGUGCUAUAUGUACUUAUUAUUAUGGAGCCACCCCAAUUUUACAUUCAUGAAAUAUCUUAACAGAUUCAUUUAUGAAGCCUAUGAAGAUUUUCUAAGGAGACACUUUAUGUAUGCUGCCAAAUCGAGUCAAACAGACUUGUCUGACUAAUAUUGCACUAUUAUACACUAGAGUAUCCCUCACUCGGUGAGAUGAUAAUUCCAAAAAAAAAAAAAAAAAAAAAAAAAAAGUGCAAUGUGCUACAAAGCACAAACUUUGUAUAAUGCCAAAAUUAUGUGCCAGCUUUCACUGUGACGACAAACUACACAUAACUCAUUCUCCAUGGGUUUUGAGAGAUCAUACAGUUUGUAGCAUCAUACAAACUUGAACUCAGGUUUUAGAAAAUCAUCAGCAACCCUUUGAAGUCCUUCCAGAAACUUCCAUAUGUUUUCUCCAGUGAGUUGUUUCAUGAUACAAAGCUACCAUAGUAUAAGUGAGGCUCAUUUUCAUAAGGCAGGUUUAAAUAAGUCAGUGAACCAUUCCUACAGUCUUACAGGUGAUCAGUCACACUGAUUGACCGACAACAGAACUAUGCUUAUUAGCUUUCCGAGAAUGAGAUGAGAAGGUAGAUAUCAACCCUGUAUCUCUGUUAAAUAUGGAGCUAGAGCCAAUAGGCAGCAGACCUAGCUUAACAUGAAGUUCCAGCAUGUGACUUCCUCUAAAAACAAAAAUUGUCAUUUUUGUUUGUACAUGGAUGAAACACAUCAUAUAUAGUGUUUAUUGUGAGCUUUAGAGGCCAGGGUAGGUGAGCUAAUCGCCUUGUGGCGGCAGCUCGACACUCCAGGCAGUGAGAGGUCAUUCUUGACCUUGGGAAUAACAGGUUGAUAAAAUACUCUUAAGGUCAACUUACUAGCUUUUUCCAGGACCUCAUCUCACAGCUUUCAUGAACAAUUUCAAGUUGGCCUUGAUGUCAUGGACUUGGAUUAACUUCAUGACACAUGGCAGCUGCUGAUGAAGAUAGCGAUAUGUAUGGCAUUAUAUUUGUGUCUCACAUACAUGUUUAGCACAGAGGAAAAAAAAUUAAUAAACAUAUAGAUUAUAUUUUGUCAAAAAGUGAUCAUCAUGUAAGAAUCAUUAACAAAACUCAAUUCUGUGCUAUCUGUAUAAACUCUUGCAUUUGAUACUUUGUAUGCUGAGCAUCCUCAGAAUGUUCCAUCAUGUAUUUAGAAACAAGACACAUAUCAUAGAGAUGCAGCUGAGGGAAGAGCUAAUGAGAUUUAAGAUUAUUUUGUCAAGCUUGGUCCUCAUUCUACUUGCUAUCAUCAAACGGUAAACAGGCUUUAAACAGUAAGUGCUGCUUUUCUGAGCCUUCUUUAUGAAACACCUCUCUGGUUCAUGGUUCAUUUGGAACAAGUGAAAGUGCAGUCUUUUGAAUUUCAGUCAAUUAAACUCAUCCUUAUUAUUUUUUUCUGCUUUGUGGCUAUAAUCAGGCCCUCGCACUAUUAGUCUUACUUUAAAGAGGGAUGAGUCAUAUCACUUUAAUGUAGGUUAAACACAGAAGUUUACUUAUCUAUCAACAUAUCCAAGUUUGAUGUAGGUGUAGGUGACCAUCUAAGGACACCAACACUGCCUGACAUUGAUGACUGUGUAUGUGUGAUGUGUUGUGUCCCAGUGUUGUGACAGCUUUAAGCGUCUUCCCAGACUGGGGACAGGGAUCUCCUGUCAGUGUUGAAAUGACACUGAAAGAUGCUGUCUAAACAUGAAGCCAUUUUAAUGUGACAUUUUUGAUUUCUCACUUCCAUUGUGGAUUUUCUCAACAGUGUAAAGAAACAAAGUGACACCUUGUAAGACAAAGGGAGUAUCGAUAUGAGCACUGUGUGUUGUCUGCACUAGAAAUAAAGAUUUACUGUGA